AUGCAAGCAGUUCCUAAAGAAAGACGUCGAACAGUUCAAGUUGUUUCCUUAUCGGAACCAGCUUCGUCUUCGAUCAAAGAACCAAAAUUAACAAAAGAUAUCCCAGGUUUAUUUUUAAAUCUUCGUGAUAUUCUUUUACAAAAAACACUAAAUGAAGAUGAAAUCAAUUUCAAUAUAUCUCGAUGUGCUGAAUCGAUUCGAAUUAAAUUUCUAGAACUUACUACUCUUGCUCAACCUACAGAAAUAUUUGAUGUACUGCAAGCAACAUUAAAAAUUUAUGUUAAUCAGAUACUUUCAAUCGAUCAAUGUCGUUAUAUUUUUUCUAAUCAAUCAUUUAAAGAAACAUUUUCUUCUUUACUCUCUAUUCAACAAACACUUGAUCUUGAUUCUACAUUUGAAAAUAAUCCUGAUUAUGCUCGCACUGUUUUUUAUCGUUCAUUUGAUUUAUUAUCAUCACCUUCGAUAAUCGAUUUUCUUAAUGAUAAAUAUCCGGACGAAAUUUCUCCAUAUGUGUCAAUUAUUUUCCGUGCAAUUAUUGGCUAUAUUUGGUGGAUUAUUCAAUAUAUUGUAUUUAAAAAAGAUGAUAUGCAAAAUCAAGUACCAAUCGUUCGUUUACUUUUGGAAUACAUUGAUCGAAAAAAACAGCGUUGGAAUGAGACUGAAAUCCAUGAUAUAUUAACUUAUAUUCUGGGAUUUAUAUGUACAUUAGCUAAUGAAACAAUAUUAAUUCCAAAUAUGAUCGAAGCUAAAUGUUCAGAUUAUAUUUUAAAAUGGAUUUCAGUGGAAGAUUUACAAUUAGAAUUUAAACGACUAUCUUUACACAUAUUACAUAACAUUGCGCGUCAUGAAAAAGGUGUUGAUGCAUUGAAUAGUUCUAAUUGUAUCAGUAUUCUUAAAGAAUUUCAGCAACGAGUAAUUAAACCAAAUCAAGAUAAUAAUGAUGCACUAUUUGCGGAUAUACAAUUAGUCUAUUGUAUGGCUUUCUCAUUAGUAAGUGAACCAAGAGAAAAUCAAGAAGAUUUGAAUAGUCUCCGUAAAAUUCUUGAUCAACUUAUGCAAGCAGCAGUUGAUUGUGGGCAAUCGGCAAAUAAUAAAUCGAACGGAUUUCAUGUGAGUGAGCCGAUUGUUGUCUUAACUAAACUUUGUGUACAUGAUGAUAUAUUAAAAUAUAUUUUAACUGAAUCAUCUGUUGAAAAUCUGAAAGCUAAAUCUCGAAUGCAAUUUUUUUGUGAAUUACUAUUUAAAUUUCGUGGAGCACUAGCCAGUGACAAUGAUCUUGAUCAAUUAUCGUUAACAGCUCUAUUUAAUAUUAUAUGGAGUAUAUCAUUUCAUACGGAAUAUAUUGAAGAAUUGAAAGCCAAUUCGAAAUUUUUAAUGACAGUUAAAAGUUUAGCAAAUGAUGAUGGAGAAGAUUUGGUUGAUCAAUAUGUUCCUAAAAAUAUGGCAUCAAUAUCAAAAGCAGCAAAUGGGAUAUUAUGGAAUCUCGAUGAAAAUAAUCCAGCUCGAGCUCCUCGAACAACAACAGUACCAAGCGAGAGUAAACCUCUUGGAAAAGAUACCAGCAUGCCUGAUCGAAUGCGUGUAAUGGUUAGUUAUGCACAUGCUGAUAGCGACUUUUGUCAUCAACUCGUUGAUGCACUUCAAAAAGAUACUCGUCUGCAAAUUUGGGUAGAUUUUGAAUAUUGUCAUACGGGAGAUUUAUGGGAAGAAAUAGCUCUAGCUAUUGAAGAAUCUAGGGUUAUCAUUUUUCUGAUGUCAAAAGAUUAUCAAGAUAGUCAAUCUUGUCGACAAGAAGUGAUGUAUACUAAAGAUUCACAAAAGAAGCGUUUUAUUCCUGUCUAUAUCAAAAAAGAUUUUGUAGCAACAGGUUGGUUAGGUGUACGUAUUGUUGGUCCACAAUAUAUACGUUUUGGAAAACACUCAUUUGAUGAUACAGCGAAAGAACUUAUUAAACUCAUCAUUGAAGAUGAAAUUCAACAAGAAUCAAAUAAGAAUAAACAAACUGAUCAAUCGUCUAAACCUUCUCCACCAAUUGAUAAGAAACCAGUUGACAAUACAGAUAAUCAAGUAAAACCUACGGAAAAUAAUCAUGCAAACUCUGCUCAAACACCUCUAAAGAAACCAAUAGAACAAUGGAAGAGAAAAGAUAUUAUACAGUGGUUUGAUGAUAAUCAUAUUCAUCAAGAAUUAGCUGAUUUAUAUGAUUUUCAAUGUGGUACAGAUCUUCUUCUCUAUGGACAAUGUCUACGGCCGGACUGGCAAAUUGAAUAUCAAGCCAUAAGUGAAAGAUAUGAACUGAAAAAUAAGAAAAAAUUAUAUCGCGAUCAAUUUGUUAUAUUAGUUGGUGCUAUUAAUCGAUUGCAGCCUUCAAAUUCAAAAUUAUGUAAUAUCUCCUAG